AGCUGGCGGUGCGUUUAAAAGAGUCAGGUUGGGGGGUUACUGCGGCAAAACUCUUCUAAAGUCUGCAGUCGCAGUAAUUUGUUGCACAUGACACAUUUGCUUCGGAAGCGGAGGCGAUGCCAGAAGAAAGUAUGCCACUGCAGGAUGUGCCCUGCCUCAGCGUCCAGGGUUCCUUGUUGUGUAAAGGCAGCAGCAAACGGAAGUGGACUGAGGGUCAGGACGCCGAAUGCACCCCAACAGAGCUCAUCCAACAGUGGUCACCUGGACACAAACAACAACGCUCCAUGUGCAAGGGGAAAGAGAACGACUGCAACCACUUUGUCAUCUCCAGACGCUCAAGAAAGAGGAAGGAAUCGCUGUCAGGUAUUUCAUGGGACAACCUUCCUGAUGAGCUGAUUCUCAGGAUCCUCUUCUUCCUCCCACUGCACGACCUCCUCAGGACAUCAGUCACUUGCAGGCGCUGGCAUCGCCUAGCGUUCGAUGAGUCACUGUGGCACAGUGUAGACCUGGAGGGGAUGACCAACCUGGGUCCAGCUCUGCAGCAGGUUCUGAAGACGGGCGUGCAAAGGCUACGUUGCCCUCGCUCUUUUAUAGACAACCUGCAUGUAACGGACACAUGCAAACUGCAGAUAGCUGAAAUGGACCUGUCCAGCUCCAUCAUCACGACCCCAACCCUGGAGAGCAUCCUCAGUCGCUGUCACCUGUUGGAGUGUCUCAGUCUGGAAGGCUUGCAACUCUCUGACGCCAUCAUCAGCGGUCUGGCCAAUAAUCCACGCCUACGUCAGCUCAACCUCAGCGGCUGCUCGGACUUCUCUGCCGACGCUCUCGCUCACAUGCUACAAUCCUGCUCAAGAAUAGAACAACUGAACAUAUCCUGGUGCGCCUUUGACAAUAGUCAUGUGAGGAGCGUCGUCAGUCAUGUGACCCCCAGUGUUGCAAAGCUCAACCUCAGCGGCUACAGGGACAGCCUCACGCUAGACGACAUGAAGGUGUUGGUUGCCAGAUGUCCUCGCCUUCUUACUCUCGAUCUCAGUGACAGUACUCAGCUGAUGGCCGACUGCUUCCCCGUCCUCUCGGAGCUGCAACACCUGCUGCAUCUGUCCUUGAGCCGCUGCUACCACAUUCACAUCGCCGCCCUCACCAACCUCAGGAAAACCUUCCGCACGCUGCAUUACCUGGACGUGUUCGGCCUUGUGAACGACAGCCACCUGCCGGUGCUGAGGAAAGAGAACCCGGGCAUUUGCAUCAACUCCUGGCCAUUCUCUGCCAUCGCCCGCCCCACACCUGCCGACGUUGUGGGCGGCCUCAGCAUGUGGAACAGGAAAAGUCGACUGAGGUUCAAGUUGUAGGGAUUUUUCAGUUGAAGCUUGUGGUGGGGAUGUUUGUCUUCAUGAAGCGAGAUGUCACUUUCAUGUUGUUCAAGACCAAGUGAAAGCAGCCUUUUUAAACAUGAAUGUUUGUAGGUUUUUUUAAGGUAGAGAUAAUCAUCUGUUUAUGAAUCUAGUUAUGUGCUCUUUGAACACUUGGAAUGUUUUACCGUUUUUAAAUUCAAGAGGGUUUUUGUAUGGGAAAAAGAUAUGAUGAUGCUCCAUCAGUCACUUUUAAUAUAAGGUUUUUAUUUUCCAAGAUGGAACUUUAGCCGCGUUGACUUGUUUACAAUAAAUGAUCAUUGCAGCUGAAAGGUAAACGUGUUAGUGAUCUAGCAGCCUUUCAGCAUGGUUGUAAAGUUACAGUUCAUGUUUGUACACUUUGUUUUAUGCCUUCAAUUGUGCCAAACAAGUAAACCACUGAGUACCUAAAGCUUCCGUGUGUUUGAGGGUGAUUUGCUUUGAAUUAGCUUUCACAGGUCACCUCCAUCCAGGUGGCCCUUGGGUUCCGUUCUUUAACACUGAUGGAAGUCGGGUUUUGGUGAAAAUCUGAUCUUAUAAAUAACUCCUUAGCCAGUCACACUACACAAAACACAUGUAAUGACAUAAAACACUGUAAGAAUUCAAUGAAAUUGUAAUAAAAGCGCACAAGCAACCUUUCCACGGGAAAUAUUAAGACCACUACUCUAGUUCUCGCUUUCAGAGGAUUAGGGACCUGGCAGCUAUGUUAUGUGAUU